CAGCUGGAAGCACCCUGGUUGGCAAAAACCUCUCUAGGUGGAUCCUGUGGGGGUGGACAGAUUAGUGCAUGCUGGGAUAUGUAGUUCUCCAACAGCUGAACCUCCGUAUCCGCCCCUGCAGGAUUUGUCAUUCGGUGUUCUCUGGAAUCCCGUAACGGCUGUCGUGAUGGAACCCAGCUGUCCAGAAAGUCAGAACUGAGAAACAGUUAAACAGCUUUGCCACUACACGUAGGAGGACUCCACGUCCGAAUUUGGAGAAACUAACUCCCUUGCCUCUUCUCCUCUACUUUAUCCCUACCCACUUCAGCAAUGGCAGGUGAUAUCACAGACACAGGGGAGCUUUAUUCGCCAUUUGUCGGACUGAUAUACAUGUUUAACUUAAUUGUUGGCACCGGCGCCCUUACAAUGCCUAAGGCUUUUGCCAAUGCUGGCUGGUUGGUGAGCCUUAUUCUCAUCAUCUUCUUGGCAUUUAUGAGUUACAUGACAACAACCUUUGUUGUUGAAGCAAUGGCCGCUGCUAAUGCACAGUUGCGCUGGAAGAGAUGGGAGAAGGAGGAAGCAGAAUCUUCUGAAAACUCUGAUAAUGAAUCCCUGUCUCCAGAUGGGUAUGAAAAUUCUGAAAUCCGCCCUAUCCUUUCAGUGCAGCAUCGUGGUUUAUCCAACCCAUAUGAAAUUGUGGAGCGAGUGGAAAUGGGGCAGAUGGCUUCGAUGUUUUUUAAUAAAGUUGGUGUAAACCUGUUUUAUUUGUGCAUCAUUGUAUAUCUGUAUGGAGACCUUGCUAUAUAUGCAACAGCUGUACCUCUGUCUCUUGUUCAGGUCACAUGUUUUACAGGAAAUGAAUCGUGUGGAACCCAAGCAGGAGAAAAAAAUGAUACUGACCCCUGCUGGGGAAGCAUCAGGCGGAUUGAUGCUUACAGAAUCUAUCUGGCUGUAUUCACUCUGUUCCUUGGACCCUUUACGUUUUUUAAUGUUCAAAAGACAAAAUAUCUUCAGAUUAUGACUUCACUUAUGAGAUGGAUAGCUUUCAUCAUCAUGAUUGUAAUGGCGCUCAUCCGUAUUGGUCAAGGCAAAGGAGAAGGAAAACCUCCUCUGGCAGAUACCUCAGGAAUCCGAAAUCUUUUUGGGGUGUGUGUGUAUUCAUUUAUGUGCCAACAUUCUCUGCCUUCGUUGAUCACCCCGGUGUCCAGAAAAAAACACCUGACAGGACUUGUUCUCCUGGAUUACACCCUGGUCUUGUCUUUCUACAGCCUUCUUUGCUUCACUGCUAUAUUCUGCUUCUCUUCUGGGAGUCUGAUGGACAUGUAUACCCUUAACUUUAGUGGGUGCAGUCCUUUUGUGCCUGCAGUGAUUGGCUACUUCCUCGGAUUGUUCCCUGUGUUCACCAUCAGCACCAAUUUCCCUAUCAUAGCGGUGACCCUACGAAACAACUGGAAGACUCUUUUCCAUCGGGAAGGCGGCACAUAUCCCUGGUUUGUGGACCGUGUAGUAUUUCCUCUAAUAACACUGGUACCUCCUAUCAUUGUGGCACUUUGUACAAACCACCUCGAAAUCCUUGUAAGUGUCACAGGUGCCUAUGCAGGAAAUGGAAUCCAGUAUGUUAUUCCCGCCUUUCUAGUGUUUUGCAGUCGCAAAGACUCUGCCCUGGUUUACGGACCUGAUAGUAACAAUAAGCACCGAUCUCCUUUUAAACAAGUGGGUUGGGUGUGGUUUGUUCUUCUAUGGGCACUUUCCUGCUUUAUAUAUGUCACUGCCAACAUAAUCCUGACUGAUGUUAACCUGUAACCAUUACAAGCCGUGACCAUCAAGGGCGGUUAUGUGCAGGACACAUGAAAAGCCUUUGUUUAAAGACACACUGCCAGAAAUUCUCUGGGGCUGGUCCCAUCCUCUCUGGACAUAUCCUGUGCUAUAAUGAAGCCUGGACAUUCAUAAUCAUUUCAGAUAAUGACAGUUGUGUUGAAAACAGUUAAACAGUGCCUUGUCUUCUUUCUGGCAUUUAAAGGGUUCACUGUCAGGAGGACAUUGCCUGUCCAUGACGUGUUUGUAUUGCACUGGCAUGUAAAAGGGCCAGCUCUUGCCUUUUUAUAUUUAAAGGGAAUGCAGGCACACCUUACAGCUGUAUAGAAUUCUUGUCUGUGAGGUGGUCUGAUCCACGGAGAGUUAUAUCCUCCAGCACAAGCUUGCUGCUCUGUGAAUACCGACAUAAAGGACUUGCUACACUGUGCACAGUGGUUAGCUAGUUUGUAACCUAAUAAAAUGAAGUAAUUGAAGACUCAA